CAGCUGCGGCGGGACCCGGCCUGGACACUGCGCCGCCUGCAGGUUGCCAUGGCGGCCGUUGACAGCUUCUACCUCCUGUACAGGGAAAUUGCCAGGUCUUGUAACUGCUAUAUGGAAGCCCUAGCCCUGGUUGGGGCCUGGUACACGGCCAGGAAGAGCAUCACCGUCAUCUGUGACUUCUACAGCCUGAUCCGGCUGCAUUUCAUCCCUCGACUGGGGAGCAGAGCAGACCUCAGCAAGCAGUACGGAAGAUGGGCUGUCAUCAGCGGUGCAACAGAUGGCAUUGGGAAAGCCUAUGCCGAAGAGCUGGCAAGCCGCGGACUCAACAUCAUCCUCAUUAGCCGCUGUGAGGAAAAGCUGCAGGCUGUGGCUAAAGACAUAGCUGACACCUACAAGGUAGAGACGGAUGUGAUAGUCGCCGACUUCAGCAGCGGCCGAGAGAUCUAUGUGCCCAUUCGUGAAGCCCUGGAAGACAAAGACAUUGGCAUCUUGGUAAACAACGUGGGUGUGUCCUAUCCCUACCCGCAGUAUUUCACGCAGGUCUCAGAGGACAAGCUCUGGGACAUCAUAAACGUGAACAUCGCCGCCGCGAGCCUGAUGGUCCGCAUGGUGCUGCCGGGGAUGGUGGAGAGGAAGAGAGGCGCCAUCGUCACCAUCUCGUCUGGCUCCUGCUGCAAACCCACUCCCCAGUUGGCUGCGUACUCUGCUUCGAAGGCUUACCUCGACCACUUGAGCAGAGCGCUGCAGUAUGAAUACGCUUCCAAAGGCAUCUUCGUGCAGAGCCUCAUCCCGUUCUAUGUAGCCACCAACAUGACUGCACCCAGCAGCUUUCUGCACAAGUGCCCAUGGCUGGUGCCUUCGCCAAAAGUAUACGCACAUCAUGCUGUCUCUACCCUUGGAAUUUCCAAAAGGACCACAGGAUACUGGUCCCAUUCUAUUCAGUUUCUUUUUGCACAGUACAUGCCUGAGUGGCUGUGGGUGUGGGGAGCAAACCUUCUCAACCGUUCGUUGCGCAAGGAGGCCUUAUCGUGCAGAGCCUGAACCGGGUCAGCCGAGAGCGUAGCCGUUCAGGGUAGCCUGCAGUCUUCCGCCGUUGGGAACACCGACACUUCAUUUACGCUGCGUGCUUCUUUGAUUGCUGAUUGUCUAGUGUAGGAGAGUCGUCAUUUGCAAAGCAGACAUAAUGCUGCCGAGUGCUGUGACAGCCCCUCUGCGGUGCUGCGGCCUUGGGCUUCUGGGGUCUCAGCACCAGCACAGGACACCUGCACUUCCAGGCUGCUCCAGGAGCUGUGGCAGUCAGAGACUGGAAUGUUACAUGAUGUGUCAGCUCUUAAAAUUCUUUGUGCUGGCUGUUAAGGGAAACAACCUACCUUCCCUUUCCAGAUGACUUACAGUAUUGGGUCUCAAAUAUUCAUCAGGAAAAACAAUUGAGAAGUGUUUUGUGACUGAAAUUGCUGGUGUUAUUAGCAGUAGACGUCUGUAUGUGUGCUGUUGUGUAGCCCCAGCUGUUGUCCUGUAUGUGAAAGCUCAGCUCUUGCACAGAGGCUUCGGCAGAGAACCCUGUGUGGAUGUGUUGCCGGAGUGCCUCGGGCUGUGGUCACUCCACAGAGGCGCCUGGAGGAAGCUGAACUCGGAGCCUUACGCGGCGUUCCAGAAUUGGACCGUUCUAGUAAAUGAGGCUGCCCAGCUCUGGGCCUUGGCUCUGCCAUGUGUGCCACUUCCUCUACUAUGUCUUUGUGUUUUCUAAUGUAUGGAAUAAAUUCAUUUCUAGAUGUAGCUAUGGGUGACCCUCAGCCAUCUUUGGAUUUGGAAGAUAAUUAUGGUGAAGCAGUGGUUCCUCAGCCUGUGAGCCACUGUGUAAGUGAAAUUUAUCCUUAGAGCUCUUUAUGUAACAUUAGUCUGUUCCACCAGCAUUACUGAUAUAAACAUCUGGUAUUUGAGGAAUGGUAGUUAUGGACAAAUUAUGUGUGUGAUGUGUAGCUGUUGAACUAAGUUAGCAGCUCAUUCUUGGUUCCUGCAGUGAGAUUCUGUGCCGUGGCGUGUGUUUACUGGCUUGGGUUGGCACUGAAGCCUACUGUGAAAUGUCUUUAAUUUUGCUCCUACAAAUGCAGCUGUUCUGGAGGACCACAUGCCUCGUGCUUUAAAAUCUGUAAGUCACUGCAUCGAUCGGACUGUGUGUCAUUAGAAUCCAGAGCCUAGGAGUGUGACGUGGGUGAAGCACUACUGCAUGGGCUCAGAGUCGGACUUGUGUGGAACUGUCUCCCGUGCGGUGAUGGCCCGCUGCAACAGACCCGCUCUGAGAGGCACACUUGGUUGUUGAGCACACGGUCCUGCCUGUGACAUUGCCCCGUGCUAUUCCAGCUGAGAUUGGUUAAAUUCCACAGUUCUACUCUGAGAUCCUGACUUCAAAAUCUAAGAUGUGCAAAACUACACACUGGGGAUAUUACAUCAAACCAAAGGUUUUGUGGAAUUAGUUUGGAAUCCUCUUAAUUUCAUGUCAUGUUGAUCUGAGCUUUAGUUGAUGUGUAAUAAAUAGCAACUUAUGUGAAAGCAUUGUCAGAUUAUCACGUGUACAGUUGUGUCUGACACUUAGGUAAGGGCUCGCUGCUGUGUGAUGACACCCAGCCGACCCACUCGUCAGCCACGGGUCGCCCUCUCCUGGGCCUGGGCGAGUGUGCUGAGUGUCGUGGCGCUGGCGGAAAGCUGUCAGCGCCUUAGUGCAGGAUCGGACCAAGAGUUUCCAUAGGGCUCUCAGUUUUCAUUAAAUACCUCUGCUCCCAGCUCCUUUGGGAGUUCAUUGGACCACUGUGGAUGGAGUUGCUUAAUAAAAUGUAGGAAAUAAGACCCUCUGAAACUUAAUCUUUGAAUUCAAAGUUUAAUACUAAAAACGGUUGCUUCUGUCUCCUCUGGAAGAGACUUUGGUCCAAAUGUAAGUUACAUUUUUCCCCCUGUAGAAAUGCUCACAAAAAUUUAACCUGUGAGCACAUGGGAUCCAUAUCAUUAAAGCUGAUGUUUCCAUCACAAUAUUGUAUGUCACAGUGUGCUUGUGAACCUGUGGAAGCAACUAAGUUGAUUUCCUGGUGUCAUUCCCCGUAGAUUCAGUAAAAUGAGCACUUCUUGGGUCACUG